GGCAAACAUCCAUUCAGAAGCCUGCUGUGUCUUAUAAUGAGCUGCAUGAGGCCCCCAUGAAGUAAAUAGUAAAUAAAUAGAAACAAGGAGCGAUGAGAGUAAAGAGUUCUUAAGAGGCUCCUUUCAGACUUGAGAAUGGAGGCAGAAAACAUGGAGGCCCCGCAAGUAUUUAACGCGAGGCACACCCGCACCGCCGCAACAGAACCAUGGAGGACGUGCUGUUUGACCUGGACCAGGACGUCGCCGCGGACUUCGCCUUUUGGGGUCCGACGGACCAGAACGCGCAGUUCCAGACCCAGCUGGACACCUUCCUGCUGGACUGCACGGCGGCCGGCGAGCAGCUGUCGCCCUGGUCCUCCCUGGGCUGCCAGUCGGUGUUCCCGGAGGCCCAGCUCACCUUCACCGACCUGGACGUGCAGUCCCCGGCCGCCGCCGCCGCCGCCGCCGAGUCGGACGACUUCUCCGGGGACGACAGUGCGCCGCUGGCGGCCAAGCGCCACCACGGCCGGGCAGCGCACCGGCUGCAGGUGUUGCACCAGCCCUACAAGGUGCAGCGCCACGCCGCCAACAUCCGGGAGAGGAAGCGGAUGCUGAGCAUCAAUUCCGCCUUCGAGGAGCUCCGCUGCCACGUCCCGACGUUCCCUUACGAGAAGCGCCUGUCCAAGAUCGACACCCUCAGGCUGGCCAUCGCCUACAUCGCCCUCCUCCGGGAGAUCCUCAUGUCGGGCUCCGACCCCAAGUCGUACGUGGAUGAAUGCAUGAAGAACGGAUACAAGAACCAAACCAACGCCAUUUGGAACACCAGCGAUCUGACAGCCCGUCUCUCGUGGAUAAAGUGGGAUUAGUUCAGGAGCUCGGGGCACCCCCAAUGAGGAGAUCCCUCUCCAUGUCAAAGGCAGGCGGGCCGCCGGCAUGAUCGACAUCUGCAGACUUCUCACUGGGUCGCGCACCUCGGGCUCUCUCAACCCCCCAGCCCCCCGAGCACUCCUUUCGCCGCCCGUGUCUUUGAAUAUUCUAAUUUAUUGUUGACAGGUCAUUGGCAGCUGUUGCCAGUGGGGCUGGGGAGGAGGAAAGGGCGUCGGUAUUGUGUGCCCAAAUGGAUGGCACUUGUCACGCCGCGGGGAGGGGGCACUGGCACGAGACUCAAUGACUUCCAGGGCUCCUGCAUCCAGCGUUCAAGUGUUUUGAUUCACGAGUCUUCAUGUCAAUGUGUGAGAAAGAGCCUUGAUCAUGUAAAUGAGACGAUGUGUUUUAGAAUGUCAGGUGCGCUUUGCAAAGGCACCGACGUGCCUGCUUGUGUACAGUUUAUUUAUGUAUUUAUUUAUUUAUGUAUUUAUCGAGCUCUGAUCUUCUAUUUAUUUUUUUGGCCAAAAAAAAAAAAAAAAGUGCACAUGUUGUAAUUUAUUGUUCUGUUAGUGACAAAAUUGUGAUGAUUUUUGCAUAUUUGUAAAUGCUGAUACACUGACUGACCCGAUCUUAUUAUGACUGCUUGCACAAUUUCAUGAGAUCCACUCCAUUACUGUAAUAAAAAACAUUCUGCCUUAAACAAGUGAUGGAUUGACAGUCAUAAAGGGAAAUAUGUCACAGACGGCACAAUUUAAACCUCUAAACACUGUUAACGAA